CAGAGCCCUCGCCAUGGCGCCAGGGCCCGUGCGAUGCAGCGGGCUUCCACCAUCGAUGUGGCGGGCGACAUGCUGGGCCUCUCUCUGGCAGGAAAUAUACAAGAUCCGGAUGAGCCCAUUUUAGAAUUCAGCUUAGGGUGGUGAUGACACCUGUAUCCUCUUCUCAGCAAGGAUCAGAUGAAAAGAUAACCAAAAAAUGGAUUAGAAUUGCCCAGGCUGGGGUUACGGAAGCGUGGCAUUAUUGUAGCUUAGUCAGGAGGCCGAAGAUGCUUCUCCCCAGAGCCUGAUGCUGCCCAGUGCUCUUCUCCCCUUCCCUUGUUGGUGAUCACUAUCGGUCAGCGGCCUGGCAACAAUAUCUAGGAGGUUGUGUGCCAUUAAAGAGGCACCUCCUGGCGGGUCAGAUGACUUGGAUUCCACUCCUGACUGCACUAAGCUACUUGUGUGGUCUUGAGCCUACUGCUUGACCUUGCUGAACCAGUUUUCUCUUGUGCUAUAUGGAGCGGUUAUUGCUUGUUUGAGACAAAGAAGGUCAAGGCGGUUCAACCCCUCUCUCUCGCAAAAAAGACCUGGACAAAUUGCUAAACCCGUAAGAGUCUUGCAGCGAGCUGCAUACUCCAUCGCUAGAUCGAAAACCAAAUAGUUUUGUGGCAGUGAGUGUAACCACCCCUCCUCAGGCAUUCUGGACGAAGCACGCACAGACGGAGAUCAUUGAGGGAACCAACAAUCCUAUAUUUCUAAGCAGCAUUGCCUUCUUUCAAGACUCUCUUAUCAAUCAGAUGACACAAAUCAAACUAUCUGUAUACGAUGUCAAAGAUAGAUCUCAGGGAACAAUGUAUUUACUGGGCUCUGGAACGUUCAUUGUCAAAGAUCUGCUCCAGGACAGGCAUCAUAGGUUACAUUUAACACUAAGGUCUGCAGAGAGUGACCGCGUGGGCAACAUCACUGUUAUCGGCUGGCAGAUGGAGGAGAAGUCAGACCAGCGGCCCCCUGUGACCCGAUCUGUGGACACUGUCAAUGGGAGGAUGGUCCUACCUGUUGAUGAGAGCUUGACGGAGUCAUUGGGAAUCCGCUCCAAAUAUGCUUCCUUGAGAAAAGACACUUUGCUGAAAUCGGUGUUCGGUGGCGCCAUCUGCCGCAUGUACCGGUUUCCAACCACCGAUGGCAACCACCUGCGGAUCCUGGAGCAGAUGGCAGAGAGUGUGCUCUCCCUGCAUGUGCCACGGCAGUUCGUGAAGCUCUUGCUAGAAGAAGAUGCGGCCAGAGUGUGUGAGCUGGAGGAGUUGGGGGAGCUGUCCCCUUGUUGGGAGAGUCUCCGACGCCAGAUCGUCACCCAGUAUCAGACUAUCAUCCUCACGUACCAGGAGAACCUAACCGACCUCCAUCAGUACAAAGGUCCCUCGUUUAAAGCAAGCAGUUUGAAAGCAGAUAAAAAGUUAGAAUUUGUUCCCACAAAUUUGCACAUACAAAGGAUGAGAGUUCAAGACGAUGGAGGAUCAGAUCAGAACUACGACAUUGUCACCAUCGGAGCGCCAGCAGCUCACUGCCAGGGUUUUAAGUCAGGAGGUCUCCGCAAAAAACUGCACAAAUUUGAAGAGACCAAGAAACACAGUUUUGAGGAGUGUUGCACAUCAGCUAGCUGCCAGUCCAUAAUCUACAUACCACAGGAUGUUGUCAGAGCCAAGGAGAUCAUCGCCCAGAUCAACACCCUGAAAACCCAAGUUAGUUACUACGCAGAACGACUCUCAAGGGCAGCCAAGGACAGGUCUGCCACUGGCCUUGAGAGGACGCUUGCCAUCUUGGCAGAUAAGACCCGGCAGCUGGUCACCGUCUGCGACUGUAAGCUGCUGGCCAGCUCCAUCCAUGGGCUGAAUGCUGCCCGGCCUGACUACAUCGCCUCCAAGGCCUCCCCCACCUCGACGGAGGAGGAGCAGGUGAUGCUUAGAAAUGACCAGGACACUCUCAUGGCCAGGUGGACCGGGAGAAAUAGCCGCUCUUCCCUGCAGGUGGACUGGCACGAGGAGGAGUGGAGCCGACGCCAACAGGCCUCUUUGGUUUGGAAGGAGAAAGUAUGGCUGAACGUGGACAAGAGCCUGGAGUGCAUCAUCCAGCGGGUGGAUAAGCUGCUGCAGAAGGAGCGCCUGCACGGCGAGGGCUGUGAGGACAUUUUGCCCUGUGCGGGCAGCUGCACUGGCAAGAAAGGUAACGGGAACAGCCAUGCCUACUGGAUCAGACCGGAGGACCCCUUCUGCGAUGCCCCCUCCUCACCAUGCCCCUCCACCAUGCCCUCCGCUGCAUGCCAUCCUCAUCUGGCCACACAUUGCAGCCCCCCUCCUGAAGAGUCCAGCCCAGGAGAGUGGAGCGAGGCCCUCUACCCACUGCUCACCACCCUCACGGACUGCGUGGCCAUGAUGAGCGACAAGGCCAAGAAGGCAAUGGUCUUCCUGCUAAUGCAGGACAGCGCACCCACCAUCGCCACCUACCUGAGCCUGCAGCACCGUCGCGAUGUCGUCUUCUGUCAGACACUGACUGCUCUCAUCUGCGGCUUCAUCAUCAAGCUGAGGAACUGCCUGCAUGACGACGGCUUCCUUCGGCAGCUUUACACCAUCGGGCUGCUGGCCCAGUUUGAGAGCCUGCUGAGCACCUAUGGUGAGGAGUUGGCGAUGCUGGAGGACAUGAGCCUUGGAAUCAUGGACCUGAGGAACGUGACCUUCAAAGUCACUCAGGCCACUUCUAACACGUCCGCAGACAUGCUGCCCGUCAUCACAGGAAAUCGCGAUGGGUUUAAUGUGCGGGUGCCCCUGCCGGGCCCGCUGUUUGACGCCCUGCCCCGGGAGAUCCAGAGCGGCAUGUUGCUGCGGGUGCAGCCCGUCCUCUUCAAUGUGGGCAUCAAUGAGCAGCAGACACUGGCCGAGAGGUUUGGCGAUACAUCUUUACAAGAAGUCAUCAAUGUGGAGAGUUUGGUGCGGUUAAAUUCCUACUUUGAGCAGUUUAAGGAAGUUUUGCCUGAGGAUUGCCUACCUCGAUCUCGGAGUCAGACAUGCCUGCCAGAGCUGCUGCGGUUUCUAGGUCAGAAUGUGCAUGCCCGGAAGAAUAAGAACGUCGACAUUCUCUGGCAAGCCGCUGAGAUCUGCCGUCGCCUUAAUGGGGUCCGGUUUACCAGCUGCAAGAGCGCCAAGGACCGCACAGCCAUGUCAGUGACGCUGGAGCAGUGUCUGAUCCUGCAGCAUGAGCACGGAAUGGCCCCCCAGGUCUUCACCCAGGCCCUGGAGUGCAUGCGCAGCAUUGGAACACGGGAGGUAGUCACGCAGAAGAACUUGAGCGGCCUGGUGCCCAUCCGAGACUUGAGGCUAGACCCCAGCCUCCUCUGUUCCCUUCCUUUAUUAGCUCUGAGCCCCAAUUUACUGAUUGUGUGGCUCUUUCUGAGCAUAGCAUACCUGGUGACCAAAUUGCGUUGCAAAUGAAUAUCAUUAUGAAAAAUUCCUAAGUCACAAGAAAAACAAAAGUGCCAGAAUAAUGUCCAGCCACCGUGUACCUAACUGGACAGAAGGAAUGUCAAAGCGUGGUCUGCCAAGAAAUUUCUCAUGCCUUACAGUUUGACGUUUUGGUCUUCUGAACUGUAAAUAUCUGCCAAAUUAUUUCACCAAGAGGACUUGUUCGUUUAAAUCACGUCUUCAGUGCUUGUAACAUGUUCUCACAGUGCCCUGCCACUGCACUAUUUAGCUGGCCUGGAAUUACCUGUACCACAUCUCUUACCUUCUGAUGUAAAACUGCUGAUGACCUGUACAUCUCAUGUGCCCUGUUUCCAAGAGAAGGGAAUUCUGUGUGAAAGAAUUUGUAUAUUUGAUACUACUGUUUAAGUGUACUGCUAACCUUUCCUUUCCUUUUGAAGAAAAAUGAAAAGAAAAAGAUAGACGCUUUCUAUAACUGGCUUAUCUAGACCAGCCUAUUUAAUAGGACAUGUACUUUCUGCUUUCAUUUCAAAGCGUAGUCCCUAAAUUACAGUAGCAAACAGUUUGCAGAACCGUAACACUUCCUUGCUCGUGUUUAUUAUUUCCCAUUGGGGGUGACACAAAGCGGUGGACACAGUAGGGCAUUGUACCAAGUCAGGAUCAUAAAGGUAACCUACGGCAUGUGGCUGUAGACUUAUUCUUCACUCUUCGUGGAUCAUUAGACUGAUCCCAGAAAGUCACGUGUACAGUAACAAAAGACAAUUAAAGAUACAUACAUUUAUUUUUCUUAAAGUAGCAUUUUAAAUUUAAAAACUUGCAUCUUUAAUUCCAGAUUGAAGUCCAAACAUCUUUUCUCUCUUAAUCAUCAACUAUGGUUAACAAUGAAAAAAAUCAAAGAAAAAAAAUGUCCAAAACAUGACUUAAGGAGGGUAGUUGUGGCAGAUGGAGCUAUAAGAAAAGGUCAUUUUGGUUUCUGCUAUGACUAUUCUUCAUUUUCAAACAGCAAUGUCCCCAAAACAAGGUGAAUUGCAAUCUUAACAUUCACACGUGGCAGAGGGUAAUUGUACACCUAUAAAGGUAACCAACUAAAUCGGGAAAAGUCCCACACACCCUGUUUAAGAAUAGUCGGUGGCUUCUCUCUCUUCCAGUUCAUAUUAGCACCACGUUGUACUUCUGUUUGCAUCCUCCAGCUGGUUCCCCAUACACUUUUUUCCUGGAGUGGAUUUCUUUUCACCAGUCUAGAAAAAUUGGAGUGAAUUUAGAGAAACAGGCUUUUCCAGAAGUUUGACUCCAUUUGUGCACACAAACCCAUUCUACCACAAAGUCUGGCUUCUCCAUUCUCCAAGAUUCCCAGACCUCACUCUAGGGUUUCUCUUACUUGGCAUCAACUCGGAGUCCAGGUUCUAGUACUCAUAGAGGUUAGCAACGAGUGGCAAACACCAACCUCAAAGUGUAGAGGUGUCUUCACCACUCCCCAGGAACACCCUUCUUUCUAGACCUCCUGAGCACUGCAGGGUCCCAAGGACUGGCAUCACCUCUGUGUCACCCUGUAGGUGACACAAGUGCAGAGUGUUCACUUAUCUCUUCAGAGUAAAGGAGGUAGCUGUUGUGGAGCAUAGGUCUCCUGGCACCCUUCAGGGUCAGUCACUCACCAAAUGCCAGCUGAUCGGUGGUGCUGAGUUGCGGCACAUGGCACCAGUUACUGGUCUAAUCUGUGGUUCUCUGAAAGGUGUGCUCACCACUUGCCCUUUUUCACAGUGAGGUGCACACUUUAGGUCUCUAAGACAUCUUGUCUGCUUUAUUUGAAAGGGGGAAAGUAGGGCCCACAGCCCCAUUCCACAGCUUCCUGGUCCCUGCUCCAGCCAAUGAGCUCCUGAUGCCACAGUGGUGACAGGUGUGCAUGCCUACCUCCAGGGCAGAGCUCAAGGCAGGAAAGCCCAUGCACAGAGGAGGGAGCCCCUCCCACUAUAGCCAGAAGCUCCCUCCACCCAGGGCACGGGUGGGCUUCUGUGGCACUCUCCAAGGGCUCCUCCCAGCACCCCACCACACAGCACAGGGGAGCCAUGGCCAGGCCAAGGUGCUCCUCUGAGAGGGCCUCAGGGACACCAUGCUUGACCCUCAGCUGUUAUGGUGCCAGCCAGCCACACCUUACUGUCCCACGUGGGUUGGCUAUUGGGGUGGAAGAGAAAUGGGACCAAAGGGAGAGAGGAUAAGGUUCUUCGUUUCUCUCCUCCAGGGGCUGGGUCGGAAGGCAGUGCAUGUGCCUGCACAGUCAUGGAGGGCUGGCACUAGAGAGGACGCCAUGACACCAGCCUAGGCCAUGGGUUGGUUUUAUUUUUUUUUUCUUUAAAAUAUCUGAGUAUGAUCAACAUUUAUGCUGAAUUUUAAUAUCACUAAGGCCUUUUGCUCAUGAAAUGAGUGCAUAUACAUAUCCAAAAUCUUGUCUGCUUUAGUGAGAAAUGGAAUGAAACAAAGGUAGGGACAUGAUUCAAGAAAGGGGAGUCAUUGAUAUUUGGUGAUAAUUUUUAUGUUGCUUCUCAAGUAAUGUUAGCACUGAGAUAGUGUCAAUGUCAACCCUCUGGAGGUAUGCAGUAUUCUACCUGUAAUCUGCUUUCUGAAAUUAGAGAAAUCACACUGAGGAGAAAUUCUCCAUGGAUGGUUGUAUGUUUUUUCAACGACUGUGACAGUCACCAUUUACUCCUGUGGCCUGGUCCCAGCAGAGGUCUUAACACAGAAGCCAGCUCUCCCUCCACACAGCAACAGGAGAAGCAGCCACUACUUGUAUCUUCCAUAGAAUCACAUCUCAUGUCACGAGAUGAGUUCUAAAAUGGAAGGUCCCACCAGAAAGGGAAAAACAGAGUUUUCCUAAAAUUAGUUGUCAUCUGAGAUUUCCCUUCUAAUUUUCAUUUCAAAAAUAGAUUAUUAAAAGGAAUUAAUUUAUUGAUAUAAUAAAAACAGUUAUGGAGCUUGGAAAUAAUUAAAUCCCUCUUGUUGACAUCUAUUUUAAGACCUUCUCAACAUGUGUUUUUGACCCCUAAAAAUGACACAGCUAGUGACAUGAGUGAAGGUGUUCUUCAGAGGGCAGCAGCCCGGCCUCUCUGCAGGAAAUGCCUGUUAACACAGUGCGCCCUUGCCACUUCUGCGUGCCUCAUCCUGAACCCCAGUGCCAGCUAAUCUAAACGCAGAGACCCUAAAUGACAGUUGUUGGCAUGUGGAUCAGCCACAUCACCUAGACUUUGUAAAUUCAAACAUUAAGGGAAAAGAAAACACAAUUUGAUUAAAAAACUAAAUUGAAAUGAAAGCAUCAUCUUGAUUAUAACUUCAUGUGAGAAUUCACAUGUUCUUUGCUUCUCAAGUUAGCAUUUACUGGCAAUAGGUGGUUUUUAAAAAGUUUACAAAUUCCUAUAUAAAUGGAGAAGCCAUAUCUGAAAUAGUCCAUUAAUGGAAGAGGGUCCAAAGAUGAAAGGAGGUUAACUGUGCAUAGGAUCCUAUAACUUCUGCUUUAAGUGGACAUACAUUUUUGAUUACUGAAUGUUGGGCAAAUAUUAUUUACUCUAGAGGGCCCUGCUUUUGUGGCCUAGGUGUUUGGCUCAGAUGAAUGUCAUACAUCUAGCUGAAAGCUUGAGGCUCCGUGACACAAAAGCAUAUCUGAGUUACCAAAUUAGUUAAUAACAACCAGGUGGAUACUUUUCUAAAAUGCCAGAGCUUAUCUUUUGAAAAAAAUAAUUACUGUCUUAUCAAAACUAUUUUACAUAUUCUUGAUAAUGAGACUGUCAUUUUCCACCUUAAAGGCUUGAGCAGUUGCCACCGAUAUUUUUUUAAAAUGCAUGACAUACGGUCUUCACACAACUUGAAUUUUUUUGUAAAUCACUGUUUCUUAGCAACUGCAAAUUUUACAUCUCAUAAAGGGGAUUUUAUACUAAAUUUGAUAACUAGUUGAUGUCUUUGCUAGUCGUAGAACAAUAUAAAAUGUCAGGUUAUAAUGUGCUGUGGGAAGUCAUUUAUAUUUAAAAUCACCUUUGCCUGUUAAUUUUAUGUCU